AUGGAAUAUCAUAAACUCUUCUCUGAGAAAUUAAUCAAGAAUUUACGCAAGAAUCUAUAUGAUAACAGUCAAGAAAUUGAUGCAGGAUUUAAUAUAAGAAUAUAUCCUAAUGAGCUAUUAUCAUCUAAACUUACUUACUAUUUAAAUUACCCAAAAGUCAUUUCUCUAAGUCUCUACCGACUCGUCGUCAACGAGACGGCCAACUGCACGCUGGAGCUGUACAGCUGGGCCAUCCCGGCCGACUUCAACACCACCGAUCCGCAGUAUCAGAUCGGACUGUUCAACGCGUCGGUGCUGCGGGGGGCAGAUGGAAUCGCCUUGUUCGGAUGGCAGGCGUGGAGUCCUUAUUUCUACGUACGAGAUGCGACAACAACUGCUGCCACUGCCACUGCCACUGCCACUGCUACGACUGCAUCGACGGCUUUAUUGACCGGUACAGGAGAGACAGCAACUUCCACCUCCCCCUCUACCUCCGCUCCUACCUUCACUUCUGCUUCUCUCUCUACGUCUGCAAUGUCCAAUACGACCAAGAUCGGAAUCGGCGUGGGUGUCGGCGUGGGUGCUGCUGCCAUCGUUAUCGGGCUCGUCUGGUUCUUGUUACGGAGGCGAAGAACAGCCCUGAAAGAUGGGCUUGUUCCGCCUACGGAACCGUCUGAGCCACCACCUCCACCGUCUGAAUUACCGGCAUACAUGCCUCCCAUGAAGGGGGGAGGGGAGAUAUAUGAAGUUCAGUAG